GCAAUUAUACACAAUUCAGUCUACAUAGCGGAGUAUAUGUAAGAUAUGCUACGGGCAAGCUUAUUUCUUUCCUCCUUCCCUUUUCACGAUUAACGACACUUUAUCUACCCUUCAAUUUGACCUCGAACUCAGUGUCAUGACCGCCCCUCUCACAGCCGAAACUAUAUUUUCUUUUUCUUUGAUAGUAGGUCCUAUUUACGGCACGAUCAUCGUUGAACUCUUACUCUAUGGCGCUUUCACUGUCCUUUUUGGUAUCUAUCUCUAUCUUCAGGCUCGACACCAUGGACGACACCGAUUCUAUCAGAUUUCUCUGACAUUCCUUUAUCUGUCAGCAACUGCUUCAGUGAUUCUUGAUACCAUAGCGGGUCGAGAGAUCAUGUUGUACGUGCUGGAUAAGCUGGACCCUUUCGACAACGAUUCUUCCUCAUCUGGAUAUUAUUAUCACUCCCAGACAAAUCUAAGGACUGCAGGAAUGGCUCUUUAUGUGACCGCAAACUUCGUGGCAGAUACCCUCCUUCUUUAUCGCUGCUAUGUCAUUUGGGGCUCAAGAAAGCUGGUAAUUGCUGGUCCUGCAACGGUGUCCUUCCUGAAUACUGUCGCCGCAGCUGUUGCUACCUACUAUCAGAGACACGACAACCUCACCGUUAACAUCCUAUCAUCGAAUCCAUCCAGGACCGGAUCGAUAGACAGUAUAGAUAUAGGAUUCCUUGUAAUCAACCUGGUGACCAACCUUCUCCUGACAAGUCUCAUAGCUGGUAGGCUCCGAUGGACGAACAUGCUCACCAAUCGUACUCUCAAAGGAUUCAGCCAGUCCAAUGAACCACAUUUCAAUGGUAUACUGGAUACGUUAGUCGAAUCGUGUCUGCUGUAUUCGAUAACUCUUGUCGUUAGCAUUGUCCUCAAAGUCUAUACCAUAACCUCUGAUCUAGAUUUUUUACCCAUUCUGAUUCAAAUUUUGGGAAUAGCACCAACUUUGAUCAUGGUUAGGGUGGAUUUAGGCAUUAGUGUCGAACUUGCUGCUUAUGAUUAUAGCAGCAAGGAAAUUCCUUCCGAUGUCGAGAGAGGCAAUCUCCCAGGAUCCUUUGUAAACGACUCGGAUCUUCACGAGGAAUGGAGGGUUACUCCGUGGAGGGGGCAAGCUGUGUCUUGUGAUCCUCAUCCUAAAUACGCUUGCCGAGAUGCGCCUCGGGAUCAAACAUUGGAUCGUACUCCAGAUGGGCUAGCACACUGUUCGCCCCUAACGCGUGGCCUAAUGUAUUAUCCCGUACCAGCUAAAUUAUCCCUAGUAGCCUUGCGUCCACACGUUUAAAUAGCAUUACAGUGGAUGAAUCGAUGACUUCCCGCAGGAAUUAUUUGCAGGACACCAGACAAUUAAUUUGUGCCACCAAUAUAAGCGAACCUAAGCGAAG